AUGCAACGGUUGAGAUCGUGGUGAAAUAAUUUCAGCGGCCAAGAUUAAAUCACUAGAUUUCUUAUCUUUUAAUUUUGGAAUCAGAAGAUAAGAAUGUUUACACUAUAAAAUAUGGAUAUGAUACAUGAUAUGAGGCACACCAAAAAUAUAUACAAUUUAACUUUGAAAAAAAUAUGAAUUCUUAUCCUGGUAGUUCAUCGUAUUUAUCAUCAUCGUCUUCUUCAGAUGAUGAAUAUUAUGAUGAUAUAGAAAUGCAAGUGGUAGGUCAAAUCACUGCUAACAAUAAUUUUUGUAUCGCUCAACACCAACAAAAUCAAAGCUCACGUCGAGGCUCGAUUCCUGGUCAUAUAGUUAUUAACCGUGACCGGGAAAAUGCUGAUCGUAAUCUUUUCAACGACUAUUUUGCAGAGAAUUCUCGAUUUACCGAUUUGAUGUUUCGCCGAAGAUUUCGAAUGGGUCGUCCUUUAUUCCUUCGUAUUUUGGAUGCUAUACAAAGACAUGACAAUUACUUUCUCCAGCGAAGGGAUAGAAUGGGAAAACUCGGGUUAUCAGGCUUGCAAAAAGUUACAGCUGUAUUUCGUAUGCUAGCAUAUGGUAUGCCGGCAGAUGCUACCGAUGAAUACAUCAAAAUAGGAGAAUCUACAACUUUAGAAAGCUUGAAGCGAUUUUGUCGUGCUGUUGUUGAGGUGUUUGGAGCCCACUAUCUCCGAUCACCCAACGCUCAUGAUGUUGCAAGACUACUCCACAUUGGUGAACGUCGAGGUUUUCCGGCUGAAGGUAUUGCUCCACCCGCUAAUUAUGUUAUUAAAGGAAAAGAGUACAAUAUGAGUUAUUAUUUAGCCGAUGGUAUAUAUCCAAAAUGGUCCACUCUUGUUCAAAAUAUCCAUGAUCCACGUGGUCCAAAAAAGAAACUAUUUGCAAUGAAACAAGAAGCAUGUAGAAAAGAUGUUGAACGUGCAUUUGGAGUAUUGCAAUCUAGAUUUGCAAUUAUUGCUGGACCGACAUGUCUUUGGAAUAAAACGGUUUUACAUGAUAUAAUGACUUCAUGUAUUAUUAUGCAUAAUAUGAUAAUAGAAGAUGAACGUGAUCUAAAUGCACCAAUUGAAGAGCGUGUCGAAGUGUCAAGUCCAGAAAUUGAGAUGGUAGAAGAUGAUAAUGCUCGGUUUCAAGAAUUUCUUGCCAGACAUAGAAAAAUUAAAGAUAAAGAUGCUCACAUUGAGCUUCGAAAUGCAUUAAUCGAACACUUGUGGGACGAAUAUGGUAACUCACAAAAUUAAUAUAAUUUAAUUAAUUUUAAGUGUGUGUUUCAAGUUUAAUUUAAUUUAAUGUAAUUUUUUUGUCAUGAAUGUAAUGUUUGUUCUCUAGUAAUGUGAUAUUUAUGUUAUUGCAAUAUGAUAUUUUAAUUUAUCGAAUUUCGUCGAUUUUACAGUAUUAUUGUCUUUAAUCACAUUAGUAAGUUUAUUUAAAUAUAACAAUUGUGGUAAUUUUUGUUAAUUAAUAUGAUAUUAUUUUUUUAAUUUAUUAAAAAAUUAAUAUAAUAAUAAGGAAUAUUUUUUUUAGUGUAAU